AUGACGCCGCACAUGCCGAGGGAGCACCGGCAGCGGCACGCGCCGCCCGGGGAAGUCCCGCCGAUGAGCGCCGAGGACGUGGCCGCCAUCGAGGCCGUCCUCGGCUACGAGUUCGCCGACAAGUCCCUCGUCGAGCUCGCGCUCACGCACGGCUCCUUCUACUUCCCCUACCGCCCCGGGGACACCUACGAGCGCCUCGAGUACCUCGGCGACGGCGUCCUCACCUGCCUCAUGUCGCGGGAGGUCUUCCGCAACUACCGCACCCUCCCACCCGGCCCGCUCACCAGGCUCCGCGCCGCGAACGUCGACACGGAGAAGCUCGCGCGCGUCGCCAUCGACCGCGGCCUCCACCGCUUCCUCCGCCACAAGGCACCCAAACUCCAAGACCAGAUCUAUUCUUUCAUAGAAGAAAUGCGCAAAUAUCCAGUUCACUCAAAUGGACUAUUGGAUCCUCCUAAAGUUCUGUGUGACAUUGUGGAAUCUCUUAUUGGUGCCAUAUACUGGGACUCCAACUUCGACCAAGAGGAGGUUUGGCGGGUCUUUCGAACUUUGGCUGAUCCACUUAUUGGCUUAGAGACAUUAGGCAAGCACCCGGUAACUGAGCUUUUUGAGUUUUGCCAAAAGACUCACCGAGGGGUGAAAUUUGUGAAAGAUGAAUGGGAUAAGAGUUUGAAGGUUGAGGUGUUGAUUGAUGGUGAGCUAGUUGCAAGUGCUACUUAUGGUCAAAAGAAGGAGAUAGCUCAGAACCGUGCUGCGAAGGCUGCUCUGGAUAAGCUAAAGGAAACACUUGGACAGACCCAAAGUGAAUCAGCAUCAGCAGAUGUUUCUGAGGCAUUGGACGAACUAGACAUAGCUGGAACACUAAAAUGUCAGUGA